AAAACAGAAAACAAAUCUUGCGUGCCAAACUUCAAAAGUCGUCCUCCAACAUCAAGAUUUAUAAAGCUCGAUUUUUCAUUUAUUUAUCUCAAUCUCUGCUUCGAUUACAAGAAUUUUAAAUUUAAAUUUUCAAUUUUAAAACCCAUCUGGGCUUUGUUUUGUUUUGAUUUAAUCAACAAGACACCCACCCAGAUGAUGGGUUUUUUAUUCUGAAUUCCAUUAUUUUUUUCUUUAAUCUUUCGAUUCACGAUGUGGGUUCGUUGAGAAUUAGGUAAUCCGAUCAUGGGUUUUAUUAAAAAUUCGAUUUUGAUAUUGGGUUUUUGAAGUUUCAGUAGUUAGGUCAAAAUCUUGAAUUGGAUCUUUAUUUCAAAAUUUCAAUCUAGGUUUUUAUGUUGUUAGUGUUUUAGGGUUUUUUAAUUUAUUGCUUUUUAUACUGCUCCAUUAGCUUCAAUUUUGUAAUUUAAGUUUUUGGAGCAGUGAGGUUUUAUACAAUUUGGGAUUUUUAUUUAUAAAAAUAUAUAUAUAUAUAUUUAUAAAAAAAAAAUGUCUGGUGGAACACCAACUGGUGGUGGGCUAAUGAGGCAGAGGCAUAGCCAAGGGUAUGCAUCAAGUGGUGAUGAUCUUGAGGAUGAUGCUUGUUCUUCGAGAGUUCGGCCUCAAUCGCCGAAAUUUCCUGAAACAAGAACAUGGGUUGAGGUUUUGGAGAAUGUACUUUGGAUUGCUUCUGCAGUUUUUAUUAUAUAUUUGGGAGAUUGGCAUUCCAACUUGAUUUACAUCUUGUUUCAUGAUGGUAGGAUUAAAAGAACACCAUUAUAUCUUGGGUUAUUUGGUGUCAGCUUAAAUGUCGCCUAUUUUGUGCAUACAAGCAUGUUAUUAUGGGGUUUCCGAAAAUCAAGUGAAAGGUGGGAGUUAUCAAGUACAGACGCUCUACCGUAUAUUACCUCAAUCGGACUCGUAUCUUUUUGUUUGUUCUGUUAUGCUCUGUGGCCAAUUUGGAGUUUCUUGACCCUCCCACUUGUGUUCUCCUGUUCUUUGCAGUUCACAUUGUUCAUGGCGUGCAUGGUCAUACUGCCGUACAUGGUUCUUGGGACAUUCAAGCAGCAACCAUCAGAUAUGUUCCGUAUCGAUUGAAAUCAUUUGUGCAUAUUCAUAGUAAUUCAAAUUGAAGGCGAUGUUUGGUAUUAAUGCUUUCAGUUUGUAAAUGAUACUAACAACAGAACGGACGAGUGUUUCUUGAAUCAGUCGACGUCUUUCUUUUUUGUUUUUUACCGUUAAAGAACACAAAUUUGAGAAAGUAGAAGAAAUCGGGGUCAGAUGAUGUUAGAACACAGAUAGAAAUGAAACAAGUUUCAUAGUGAUUGAUUUGUAUUUGCUAUAUAUCUGCACUUAUAUAUGUUAUGAAUGCAAUGGUAGGCAAACUUUUGGUACAAA